AUGGCCAAGGCUGUGCGCCAUCGUGGUCCUGAUUGGAGUGGAAACUUCAUUGCCGACAAGACUAUCCUUGCGCACGAGCGAUUGAGUAUCGUCGGUGUCGACUCUGGUGCUCAGCCUCUCGUUAACGAGGAUGGCUCCCUCGCCCUCGCCGUCAACGGCGAGAUCUACAACCACCGCAUCCUCCGGAGAACCAUGAAGACCAAGUAUAACUUCAAGACACACUCGGAUUGCGAAGUCAUCAUCCCUCUAUAUAUGGAGCACGGUCUCGAUGCCCCUAAGCACCUCGACGGCAUGUUCUCCUGGGUUCUGUAUGACCGCAAGCAGGACCGUGUGGUUGCUGCCCGCGAUCCCAUUGGUAUCACCAGCUUCUACCUGGGCCGGUCGUCUUCCACUCCCGGCGCCGUGUACUUCGCCUCGGAACUCAAGUGCUUGCACCCGGUUUGCGACGACAUCAUUGCUUUCCCGCCGGGCCACGUCUACGACUCCAAGGCCGACAAGCUGACGCGCUACUUCGAGCCCAAGUGGUGGGACCCGACCAACGUGCCGUCGACCCCGAUCGAUUACAAGUUGAUCCGCCACAGCCUGGAGAAGUCUGUGCGCAAGCGUCUCAUGGCCGAGGUGCCCUACGGCGUGCUGUUGUCUGGCGGUCUGGACUCCAGUCUGGUUGCGUCCAUUGCGCAGCGCGAGACCCUGCGCAUGCAGGAUGCCGCUCGUGCUGCUGUACAGAACCAAACCGAAUCCUCGGAGCUUGUCGGCAUUGACGACAGCAACGAGCUGUCGACUGUCACCACUUUCCAGCAGCUGCACUCGUUCUCCAUCGGUCUCCCCGGCGCGCCGGACACCGCGGCUGCCCUGGAGGUUGCCAAGUUCCUGGGCACCAAGCACCAUGCCUUUGAAUUCACGAUUGAGGACGGUCUGGACGCCCUCUCGGAUGUCAUCUACCACCUGGAGACGUACGACGUGACGACCAUCCGCGCCUCGACCCCGAUGUACCUGCUGUCGCGCAAGAUCAAGGCGAUGGGCGUCAAGAUGGUUCUGAGCGGCGAGGGCAGCGACGAGAUCUUCGGCGGGUACCUGUACUUCCACGCGGCGCCGAACAAGGAGGAGUUCCACAGGGAGACCGUGCGGCGCGUGAAGGACCUGCACCUGGCCGACUGCCUGCGCGCCAACAAGUCGACCUCGGCGUGGGGUCUCGAGGCGCGUGUGCCGUUCCUUGACAAGCAGUUCCUGGAGGAUUGCAUGGGCGUCGACCCGCAAGAGAAGAUGAUCACCAAGGACCGCAUCGAGAAGUACAUCCUACGCAAGGCCUUUGAUACCUCCGACGAGCCCGACGUCGCCGCCUACCUGCCGGACAAGAUCCUGUGGCGCCAGAAGGAGCAGUUCAGCGACGGUGUCGGCUACAGCUGGAUCGAUGGUCUCAAGGACACCGCUGAGAAGCAGGUCACCGACGAGAUGAUGAAGAACCCCAAGCCCGAAUGGGGUACGGAUAUCCCCGACACCAAGGAGGCGUACUGGUACCGCACCAUGUUCGACGAGCACUUCCCGCCUUCCUGCGCGGGUACCGUCGAGCGCUGGACCCCGACCUGGUCGAAGCAGAGCGACCCCAGUGGCCGGGCCAUCUCCACCCACAACGCCAAGUACGAUAGCGCCGAGUAA